CCAAGUGUGGACGGUGCCAUGAAGUUCCUGUACAAGGAGGAGCAGCCCUUCAAGCGGCACCACUGCGAGGGCGAGAAGAUCCGCAAGAAAUACCCGGAUCGCAUCCCAGUGAUUGUGGAGAAAGCGCCCAAAGCCCGGAUAGGAGACCUGAACAAGAAGAAAUACCUGGUCCCGUCAGACCUCACAGUCGGACAGUUCUACUUCCUGAUCUGGAAGCGAAUCCACCUAAGGGCUGCGGAUGCUUUGUUCUUCUUCGUCAACAACGUCAUCCCCCCGACCAGCGCCACCAUGGGCCAGCUGUACCAGGAGCACCAUGAGGAAGACUUCUUCCUGUACAUCGCCUACAGUGACAAGAGCAUCUAUGGCAUGUGAGGCGCCCCACUUAGCCCUGCCGCUGGGGGCGCCCUCCUCCCCGAAGGGACCUGCACUUUUUCCUUUUGUUGGUUGAUCUCCUUGAUAAGAGCAUUUGUUCUCCCGGGGUGAGGAUGGGGGGGCACCCCUCCCUGUCACCCCCCCAUCUGCAUAAUUAAAUCCUCCCCAUGUAACCACCCCUCCCUGCUCUGCCUGGGUCCUUGGCUAACCUCUGAUUUCCUGCCAUGAAGGGUUUUUACAACUCCCCCCUUGGGCAUCCACCCCCCCCCCCAAAUUGCUGGCUCCUUGUGUCACCCAGCAGGGCCCCGAGCUGCCAUGGGGGGCCCCGUCAGCGCUUGUAAUGUGGUGUGUGCGUGGGGGGGAGGCGAAAGGGGAGGGCAUAAUAAAAUAAGAAGGAAAA